AUGUCCAUAGCACCGCUUAUCACCUUCAAGGCGGGCAUCUGCGAUGUCGACCAAUCGUCGAAACCCUACAAGAUCAAGGCGCAACAAACGCCAGGUUACAUCUACCUUUAUUCCGAUGAUGAUCUGAUCCAUUUCUGUUGGCGCCCCAGGUCGGCAGCUCCCGAUGAACCCGAUCUCGACUUGGUGAUGAUCCCCGAAGACGGCAACUUUGUCCCAUACGACACACGUACACCCAGUAACGCUACCGCCAAGACCAACGGCCGCGUUUUCGUCCUCAAGUUCAACUCGUCCUCCCAGCGACACUUGUUUUGGCUGCAGUCCAAACCCCAGGGCCGCAGUGGCGACCCGGCUUGGCUUAGCCCGAGAGACCUCAAAAUUGGCGACAUUGUGGAUCGGCUGCUUCAAGGCGAAGAGGUGGAUGUGAACCGGGAGCUAGCGUCGGUCCGGAACAAUAAUGACGACAGCCGGCGCGAUGCCGACGACGAUGAGGAUGAGCAGAUGGAGGAUGUAGAGGGCCACGGUGAUAGAGGCGCGCACCGUCGCAGCGGUCAGGGAGGCGCUGGGCCGGAUGCCACUGGCGGAGAUUUCAGAGAGGAAGGCGAGGAUGCCAGGGAAGGGGGGUCAGACGGCGCGAGAGCGGCGGGCAAUGAUGCCGCAGCCGCUGACGCGGUGCGCAACUUUCUAAACUCGCUCAAGGGUGGGCAGAGCUCUGCGAGCAGUCGACCAGAAGGCAAAGCUUACCCUCUUUUGAACGACCUCCUCGAGCCAUCCGUCACAAUCUCCAUGCUUGACUCGGUUACCGACGAACACGUCGACAGUCUCUUGAACUUCUUACCCCCAACCGUGCUGGUCCUCGCCCAACAAGGAGAGAACGGAGAUGCCAUCAGUCAAGAGCCCGGCGCGGAAUCUGUCGAGGCUGCUAAGCAGGCUAUGAGCUCGAGUCAGAAGCGCUCAUUGCUCAAGAAGGUGCUUCGCAGCCCGCAGUUCACACAAAGUCUGGCCAGCCUGACAGUUGCGCUCCGGGAUGGCGGCUUGCCCACCAUCGCCGAGGCCUUGGGCAUCGAGGUUCAGAACGGGGGGGUUGUCAGGGGUGGGGCGGUACCUCUGGGCGGUGGCGAGGCCGUGGAAGCAUUCGUAGAGGGUGUUAAGAAGACUGUGCAGAGGAAACAAUGA